GAGAGAGAGAGAGAGAGAGAGAGAGAAAGAAAGAGAGAGAGGGAGAGAUAUUAAAAAGAUGACUUCGAGCAGUGCAGUCCUCUCCUACCACCCUACUCUUUCUCUUCAGUGUGUGGCAGACUUAAACCAUUCAUCUGAGGCCGGUUUGUGAAGGCAGGACUUUGUAAUCUUUUCUGACAGCAUCAACACUGAAGUCAUCCCGAGCCCCUGCUGAAUUUCUAUUGAGGUUUGAGGUCCGCAGGAAAAGUCAUGAGGGUGCAAACUUUCUCAAGAGUGCAAAUUCUGCAGGAGUUUGGUUUUCGAUGCCAGGCCCUUGCUGCCAAUGACAACAGAGGCUUUAAACAGGAGUUUGAGUUGCUGAAUGAAGUUGGCAAAGACCUCCCCACCAGAGCGGGGGACUCAGAGGCCAACAGAGAAAAGAACAGAUACCCCUACAUUUUACCAUAUGACCACUGUCGUGUGAGGCUGUCCAUUCAAAACUCCCACCCACACACUGACUACAUCAACGCAAAUUUUGUGCCUGGUGGAGGAUCAGAGAGAGACUUCAUCUGCACCCAGGGUCCUUUGCACAACACCAUGGCUGACUUUUGGAGGAUGGUGUGGGAGCAAAAUGUCAGGGUAAUCGUCAUGGUGACAGCUCUGAGAGACAAGGACAUAGUGCUGUGUGAUAGGUAUUGGCCUCUGGAACGACGGACAGUUCAUCAUGGACUGAUCCAAGUGACAACAGUGACCCGCACACAAGGUCCAGAUUAUUUUAUCACCACCAUUAACCUCAGACAGAGAUACUGUCCAACAGACAGGAUAAUCACACACUACUACUACCCCUCCUGGCCGGACCGGGGCAUCCCCAAAGACCCAUCCUCCCUGUGUGCUUUUAGUGACCAUGUCCGGCAGCAUUUAGAAGCCAUUCCUCGCCUGGGGCCAGCUGUGGUGCACUGCAGUGCAGGUGUUGGGCGGUCAGGGACUUUUGUUACAUUGUUGUGGCUAAUGCAGCUGUGUGCCAGGGGCAUCAAGCCUGAUAUCCGUGCUGCUGUGGAAGAUCUACGGCUACAUCGGAUGUGGAUGGUCCAGAAUCUGGAGCAGUACAUGUUUGUACAUCAGUGUCUGCUACAAUGGCUCAGUGGAGGAACAGGAGGAACCUCAGCAUGCAGCCCACAGAUUCAGGGAGCCGGUUCGAAUAUUAACCACCACGUUCAGGAUCGACCUCAUGGCUCCGGGGGAGACCGAACAGGGAGGAGGAGACGUCACCGUCACAGACAGAAACCUCCACCAGACCCACCGCAGAACACAAUACAGCAGAUUUUACACCCAGGGAACCUACUGAGGAGGUUACUGCCCUCCUCAUCCCCGUUUAAUCCAGGCUCACACUCCUCCUGAACUCACUUACUCUAAGUGAUAAUAGAGAGACACAAGCAAGACACUGGGUAAAAAAAACAACAAAAAAAAAAAACAUUUGAAAUAACACCAUCACACAGAACGUGACAUGCAAGGAUAGAAGGCAGAAAUAAUGCUGUGUGACAGGCCCCUGCAGGUGGAAAACUGGUCUGGCAACAUGCAGCUAAAUGCUGGUGAAGAAACUGCAGACGCAGCUGUUCAUACUGCUACCAGGAGCAAAAAUGAAGGAAAUCGCCUGCCAUUCAGGACAAACCUGUCCCUCUACUGUGAAUUACUUACCACAGGAUUCACAAGAAUAAUGUGAGGCUGAUACCUGUGAAUGCUAAUGGUGCACACGGGCACAAAGAUCAGGUCUACUGCGUGCAGCUACCAAAGAUGUUUGGGCACUUCAGUGUUUUUUUUGUGAGUUUGUUUGCCUCCAUUAUUGAUAAAGUGACGGUGUGAGAUGACUUUUAUUUAGAAAAAAUCAUUGUGCAUCAUUUUAUAUCACACAAUGCAGGCUAUCAGUACUUAAGGAUGCAUGUGCAGAAUUGAUACUGGACUUGCUAGAAAGGCAGACACAUGGUAUAGUGGCUGUACAAAAAAGGUCAUGUUUCAAAAACACACAGGCACUGCCAUUCUCCUUAGAUGACUGAAACCCAUUACAGUACAUGAAGGAGCUAUGAGUAUAAUACAUUAUAGAACAUUAAGGGCUAUCCCACUUCUUAGAGUCUUUCAUCUGUCAUGUAAUAAACAUGUAUGAUACAAUA